AUGUCCAACGAUUCCUACUCGACCCCCUUGUCUUCGAGGUACGCCUCCGAGGAAAUGUCGCUGAUUUUCUCGUUGCGCAACAGAUUCUCCACAUGGAGAAAGUUGUGGUUGAACUUGGCCAUUGCCGAAAAGAAAGUCGGCCUUUCGGUCAUCACCGAUGAGGCCAUUGCUGAGAUGGAAAAGCACUUGACCAUCACCGACGAGGAAAUCGCUGCUGCCUCGGUCGAGGAGGCCAAGGUCAGACAUGACGUCAUGGCCCACGUGCACGUGUUUGGCGAAACAUGCCCUGCUGCUGCCGGCAUCAUCCACUUGGGCGCCACGUCGUGUUUCGUCACAGACAACGCCGACUUGAUUUUCUUGAGGGACGCGUACGACGUGUUGAUCCCCAAAUUGGUGAACGUGAUUGACAGAUUGUCCAAGUUUGCCUUGCAGUACAAAGACUUGCCAGUGUUGGGCUGGACCCACUUCCAGCCGGCCCAGUUGACCACCGUGGGCAAGAGAGCCACCUUGUGGAUCCAGGAAUUGUUGUGGGACUUGAGAAACAUGGUGAGAGCCAGAAACGACUUGGGCUUGCGUGGUGUCAAGGGCACCACCGGCACGCAAGGCUCGUUCUUGUCUCUUUUCCACGGCGACCACGACAAGGUCGAGGAGUUGGACCAGACCGUUGUCAACUUGCUUGGUUUUGAGCACGUGUACCCUGUCACGGGCCAGACCUACUCGAGAAAGAUCGACAUUGAUGUCUUGAGCCCCUUGGCUUCGUUGGGAGCCACCACCCACAAGUUUGCCACGGACGUCCGUUUGUUGGCCAACUUGAAGGAGGUCGAGGAGCCUUUCGAGAAGUCACAGAUCGGCUCCUCCGCGAUGGCCUACAAGAGAAACCCCAUGAGAUGCGAGAGAGUCUGUUCUUUGUCGAGACACUUGGGCGGCUUGUUGAACGAUGCCAUCCAGACCGCCUCCGUGCAAUGGUUCGAGAGAACUUUGGACGACUCUGCCAUCAGAAGAAUCUCGCUUCCAUCCGCCUUCUUGACCGCUGACAUCUUGUUGUCCACCAUGAUCAACAUCACCUCUGGCUUGGUCGUGUACCCUAAGGUCAUUGAGAGAAGAAUCAGUGCCGAGUUGCCAUUCAUGGCCACCGAGAACAUUAUCAUGGCCAUGGUCGAGAAGGGUGGCUCCAGACAAGACUGCCACGAGGAGAUCAGAGUGUUGUCCCACCAGGCUUCUGCCGUCGUGAAGCAGGAGGGUGGCGACAAUGACUUGAUUGAGAGAGUGAGAAACACCGAGUACUUCAAGCCCAUUUGGGCCGAGUUAGACUCUCUCUUAGACCCAAGCACCUUUGUGGGCAGAGCUCCUCAACAGACCGAGAAGUUUGUCGCCAAGGACGUUGCCGAGGCCUUGGCUCCUUUCAAGGACAUGAUCACCACGGAGACGGUUUCUUUGAGUGUCUAA